CAAAAUUUAUAAAGUGAAUUUAAAAUUUAAAUUACUUUUUUAAAUGCAAUCACAAAAGGAUGAGAAACAGAAACAUGAAUGCACGGAAUGUAAACAAAUAUUUCCAAGGAAAUCGCACUUAGAUGUGCACCUGAGAAGCCAUACCGGUGAGAAACCGUUUCCAUGCGAUAUUUGCGGUAAAAAAUUCUCCCAGUCUGGAAAUUUAACAAUUCACAAAAAAAUACAUUCGGAAGAACGACCUUUCAAAUGCAACUGUGGAUAUGCUACAAAAAAGAAAAUUUGAUCUGUUAUCACAUGUCAAACGAUUACAUCGACAUUCAAUCGCUUCUGAUAUUAUUACUAUUCCCCAGAAAAACUCGAAAGAAGAUCAUAAAUGUAAUAAAUGUGGUAAAAGUUUUCGAUGGUUAUCCACUUUUAGAACGCAUCAAACAUCUCAUGGAAAAAACCGACCGUUUUCGUGUGAUAUUUGUAAGAAAACAUUCAAAUAUAAAUUUGAGUUAAAUAGACACGUGAAAAUAGUACAUUCAAAGAAAAAAAUCGCAUCAUUUUCCAAAAAAGACACAGAACAUGGCCAAGAAGUGCAAUCAGAUUUUUUUCAGACACCAUCAAAAAGUUCUGAAGCAACAGAAUCAAUUGAAUCUGAGCAAGUGGCUUCAGAAAAGAUUAUUUUCACAGCAAGGGAAGCUGAAGAAUUUCUUAAAGGUUUUAACAUCGAUUUAGAAAUUAUGAACUUAGAAACAUCCUCACAACUGGAGUUAUUCUCAGAGAUUGGAAACGAUGAAGAUAAAUUUGAAUGUCAACUUUGUGGACAACAAUUUUCUGACGAAAUUUUUUUAAAGGAACACAAUAAACAAUUUCACCAAUCUAAUUAAUUCUGGACAGUUAACUUUAAAACAAUAUAAGUUUAAAAAGUCCUCAAAAAUUAAUAACAUUUUUCUACAUUGAUCUGCGACUAAUGAAAAUUAAAACAAUAUUAGUUUCAGCACAGUUAAAUGAAAAAAAAACAUUGUAAAAUUUUCGAAUAAAUGAAUUUAUUGUAGUAAUUAUUUCAUAAAAUUACUGUACAUUUGCAGAACGAUACUUUUGGUACGAAAGAGAAUCUAAAAAGUUAUUAUUUGAAGUUAAUUAAUAGCUUUAAUUGAAUAAAUUUAUGUUUACAGAAUUAAAUGUGUGUCGAAGAUUUUUAACUUAUUUUAACAGUAGGUAGAAGUUUAUUUCUGAGUAAAGUGAAGAACGUGGACUCACAGUAGGUCAUUAGAUAACGCGAAAA